AGCUUCACUUGAAAUACAGUAUUAACUUAGCUGGCAUUACGGAGUUGAAAUAAAAUAGUAACGAGAAUGAUGCCACAUUGAAGGGUCUGUAGUAAUGAAGAGACAUUGCACCAACGUCUUUCUCGUCUGUAGAUAGCGCUGGAUAGCGGCUUUCCCCUGGACGGAACUCAAGUUUGCUGUCAGAGGAGAUGACAGGCGCUUGUGUGCUGAGUUUCCGCAGCUGUGCGGCGUUUCUGUCCCCCAUAGUUGUGCGCAUUUGUAAGGAGCUCGAAAACACAACUUCUCUUCCUGCAGUCCUCGUUAAUCAGGAACGCCAGCUAGGUUAACUAGCUAACGUACAUUUAAUAAAGGCUCGCAUGAUAAGAGGAGUGAUGGUUUCCGUGCGGAUAGUUCAGUUCGCUGUUAAAUGGUGAUCGCAGCGUUUGCACAACGAUGUCCAAACGGAUACGAAACGGCGAAGUUUGUGCGGACUGCGGCACAUCAGACCCUCAGUGGGCAUCGGUGAACAGAGCGGUUCUGAUAUGUGAUCAGUGUUGCAGCGUACACCGCAGUCUGGGACGCCAUAGUUCACAAGUGCGCCAUCUCACACACACGGCCUGGCCUCCCACACAGCUACAGAUGGUCCAGACGUUGUACAAUAACGGGGCAAACUCCAUCUGGGAGCACUCCCUGCUCGACCCCGCCUCUGCCAUGGGGAGCAGACGCAAGACUGCGGUUUAUGAUAAGCUCCACCCAAACAAAGCUGAGUUUAUAAAAGCCAAAUAUCAGAUGCUGGCUUUUGUACAUCGGAUACCUUGUAGGGACGAGGACCUUCUCGCAGCAAGGGACCUAAGCAAACAACUCCACUCCAGCGUGAGGACCGGGAAUCUAGAGACCACACUGCGCUUGCUUUCCCUCGGCGCUCACGCCAACUUCUUCCACCCGGAGAAGGGCACUACACCAUUACAUGUGGCAGUUAAGGCAGGACAGGUCUCGCAGGCGGAGCUGCUCGGUGUAUACGGAGCUGACCCUGGCGCGCCGGACGUCAAUGGCAAAACGCCCAUCGACUACGCAAGAGAGGUUGGUCACAUGGACCUGGCGGAGCGUCUGGUGGAGAUCCAGUACGAGCUGACGGACGGACUAGCCUUUUACCUGUGUGGCAGGAAACCAGAUCACAGAAAUGGACAGCACUUCAUAAUACCACAGUUGGCAGACAGAAAUGUCACUCAAGAUUUGACAGAACUUGCCAAAGCUGCGAAAAAAAAAUUGCAGUUGCUCAGUAACCGACUGUUUGAGGAGCUGGCGAUGGACGUGUACGACGAGGUGGACAGAAGAGAAACAGACGCUGUCUGGCACACGACGCAGACCCACAGCGCGCUGGCGACCGCCGCCGCCGUACCCUUUCUUCCGGUGAACCCCGAGUACUCGUCGACCCGCAACCAGGGAAGGCAGAAGCUUGCGAGGUUCAACGCUCACGAGUUUGCGACCCUCGUCGUUGACAUAUUGAGCGACGCGUGGCGCCGUCAGCUCGGGAACUCGUGCGCCGUCCUCAAAGACGGGCUGACCGCGAAGCGCCGGAGCGACCGCAGCGGCAGCGACAGCCAGGACCCCGAACAGCCCGACUACGACAGCGUGGCGUCGGACGAGGACGCGCCCGGCGGGAGGGCGAGCAGAGCCAAGCACUUGGACCCUGACGUGUCGGACGGCCCUGUGAGCGUGCGCGAGUUUCUGGAGGUGAAGGGUGCCCUGGCGGCCUCGGAGGCCAAGAUCCAGCAGCUGACGAAGAUGAACACAACGAUGAGCAAGGAGCUGCGUGUCAUGCAGGAGAAGUGUCACUCCCUACACACUGAGAACAGCUCUCUUAAGCAUCAGGUUUCCACCCAGCCUCACUAUCAGGGUGCUGGGGGGCCCCUAGUCCCCCUGCCCCCUGUCGUCCUGACGCGUCACCCCUGUGCCUGGGUGUCCCGCUCCACUUCUAUGUACGAGACCAGCUCAGGACUGGCGCCGUUUCUCCCCAAGUGCGAGUCCCCUUACUUGGAGCAGUUCCCCUCUCUGCAAGCUUGUCCCACCCAUCUCAGGUUGGCUGGAUUCACCGGCCCUUCCUCCUCCUCCUCCCUCCUGUCCCUCCCCUCCUCGCCCUCCUCGUCAUGGGACGAGAGCGCCCCCGGGUGGGGCCUCACCCAGCCGGAGAGGCCCCCUCGGCUCUCCACCUCCUCUCCGCCACCCGCGCUCCUCUGGUCCAUCUCCUCCACCUCAGGCGAUGCCCCUUACUCCACCCGCUGGUGUCUACGCCAGUCCUUGGGCUGCUGCUGCCACCCGAUCUCCAAGGCAGACAAGAAGAGCAGUGUGUCUGAGGGUGACUAUGACAACACAGUCAACGAUUCUGAGCUGGAGCAUUCUGGCGUGGGUGGUAAGAGACUGCAGGGGGAGGAGGUGCAGUCCCGGGAGGCGGAGCCUAUGCCAGCCCUCCCCACUACGGAAGAGGUGAUCCAGAAGACCGAGCAGAUCACCAAGAACAUCCAGGAGCUGCUGCGGGCCGCCCAGCAGGACCAGCACGACAGGCCGCCCGAGGCGAGGCAGAGCAUCCGGCGUCUGCGCCACAGCCUGGGCUGCUUCAGCACACUGAUGCCCUGGGCCGACAAGCCCAACUCUUCCUUGCAGGCCCUCGGGGGGCGGGGCUCCGGGACCGCCAGCAACCCGAUGGGCCCGGGCGACCCGGCCUCCUGCUUUGUAUCCUGGGCAGAAAGAAUACACGUGGCUGUGAGCAGCAUGGUGGCGCUGUUUCCUCAGGACCCGGGCUCCGCGGCAGCGCGCGCGGCGCUGCGCUCGCUGGUGGGUGGGGCACGACGCCUGCGGGACGAGUGCCGGGGGGCGUGCCGGCCGGACCGCACCGACCUGCCUGCUGACCCGCUGCUGCUCACGCAGCAGGUCAUCCAGUGCGCCUACGAAAUCGCCAAGGCCGCCAAGCAGCUCGUCAGCAUAACCACCAAAGAGAAUGGCUACUGACCCCGCGACCCUGGCGCCUGACAGGAUCACAAGCCCCAAUCCCCCUUUCCCCUCCCUGUACCCCUGAUCUGUGUGUUUUAUACUAGCA